CUGCUGUGACAACGUCGUAGCUGUUGAGGACAGUGAGUAGGAGACCGAAGCACGAAGGGGACCGCGACCAACCUGCAUCUAAACAAAAAAACUCGACUUUUGUUAUCGUCUCUCUUGCUAGGCUGUUUCAGCAUGAAAGCCAUCAGUCCCGUCCGCUCCGUGAGAAGCUGCUACAAGGCCGUGUGCUGCAUUUCGGAGCAGAGCCUCGCCAUCAGCCGGAAUAAACACUCGUGUUUAGACGAGCCGGUGAGCGCCCUGUGCGACAUGAACGACUGCUACUCCAAACUGAAGGAGCUGGUUCCGAGCAUCCCGCAGAACAAAUCGGUCAGCCAGGUGGAGAUCCUCCAACAUGUUAUCGACUACAUCUUCGACCUGCAGAUCGCGCUGGAGACAGAGGACACUGCCACGCCGGAGAUGGUUUUGUCAAUAAAGACUGCGGACAUUACUCGCAAUUUCUCCAAAGAAGAAGGGCGGUUGUGCCAUUAAGAUAAGGAUGGCGCAUUAUGGUGCAGGGAAACACAUGUCUCCACUUCACUCUGGGCAAGAGGACAAGAGGGGCAGAAAGGGUGGGCUAGGUAUUUGAGAGAGAAGGAGAAGACAGAGAAGGGUUUAAAGAAAGAGAAAAACGUGGACCGUUUCCUAGAUGAGUGGGGAUCAACAGUAGUGCAUGAGUAAGAAAACAGAGACUCAUUCUUUGCCUCCUGGACAGACAAAUCAGCACACCAAAGCAGAAGCCAGGAUUGGAAACUGAAAGCGACCAGCUGUGUAUGUCUUCCUCAUAAAACCUGGGAUUCCUUAUAGAUAGAAGUAGAAAUAUUGGUACAUUGUCCUUUGUAUUUCCUUUUUAUUUUUGUAUUGCAUCCUAAAAAGACUUUGUGGGUCUAAUCUCCACACCCAUCCUGAAUCUACAAGUAUUGUAUCACCUCACGUCAUUAUCACCCUAAAACAAUGUUUUCUAGUGAUCUGAAAUCUUAAAACUUUGGCAUGUGUACAUAUCUGCUGUUGAUAUGUAAGGUAUCGUUUUUUUUUGGAAGUCUAUAUUUUUUUCAUGGGAGUUUUCUUCGUUAUAAUCCAAACUCUAUACUAGAGUUAAUUACAAAUGUUUGUGGGGAUUGUUAUAUUUCUACAGACAGUGUGCCAUGAGUUUCAUAAACUCUUUAUUAUAAAGUUUUGCUUUGUAUGUAUGUUAUGUAAUGAAAUAAAAAGAAAAAACGUGAAGUAA